CUACUCCUGGGAGGCUGAAUGAUUUAAUACAAGCUGGUGUCAUCAAUGUUAGCAGUAUUACUUAUCUGGUUCUAGAUGAAGCUGACCGAAUGCUUGAUAUGGGAUUUGAACCACAGAUAAUGAAGAUUAUAUUAGAUAUCAGACCAGACAGACAAACUAUUAUGACAAGUGCAACAUGGCCUGAAGGUGUACGUCGUCUUGCUCGUUCUUAUAUGAAGGACCCUAUACAAGUACAUGUUGGAUCAUUGGAUCUUGCCGUAAGUAGUCUUGUGAAGUCUCUUGUUCACAGAAGUGUAUAUCGCUUAAUGGAACAUAGGUGUCUUGUUGCAGGCAAAGUAUUGCUACAC